AUGGUCAAGAGGGCACAGAAGCGCUUUUACGUCCUGCGGAGGAUGAGGAGAGCCCACCUGCCCCCGCCCAUCCUCAAGACGUUCUACAGAAGCACCAUAAAGAACAUUCUGACCAGCUGCCUCUGUGAGGUGUGGAGGCUGCAGCGCCUCCGACUGGGAGAACAUGAGGAGAGUGUGACCAGUACCCUCUUCUAUGGAAACGCUCAAGUUUUAAGUAAGGUCGUCACAGUGAUCCUUCAGCCCAACUGGCCUAAGAUAUUCAGAGGAGAGACAAUCACCCUCAGAUGUGAGAUCCAGGGAGGUGGAGGAACUCAGUGGACGUAUGAAUGGAAACAAGACGAGUUAAACAAACCUCCAACAUCCAGAGAAUACAGGAUUAAUGGAGCUACUGAGUCUGACAGUGGAGGAUACAGAUGUAGAGGUAGAGGAAACUACUAUUUAACAGAGUGGAGUGAUACCAUCAGACUGACUGUAUCAGCAAAUCAACCUCAGGCCUCACUGACAGUCAACAACAGAGUCAUACCAGCAGGAGGCAGCGUGACUCUGACCUGCUCUGUGGAGCCCUCUGCUGGUUGGAGGUUCUACUGGUUCAGAGGUGGAUCAGAGUUUUCUACAGCUCAGACAGUAACAUCUGGAACAUCGUCCACCUCUGUGAGUGUUUCAGAAGGAGGCAUCUAUCACUGCAGAGGAGGAAGAGGGGACCAAGAAUUCUUCACAGCAGACAGUGAUGCUGUCACAAUAGAGGAAACAGUUUCCAGUAAGGCCACAGUGAUCCUUCAACCCAACUGGCCUCAGAUAUUCAGAGAAGAGAUAAUCACCCUCAGAUUCCCUCCAGGAAACUCUGGAUAA